AUUAAUAAAAUCAUUUACUUAUUUAAUAAAUUAAGCGAGAGAAAGAUAAUUGUAAAAAUACGUAAUAACAAAACAAACUUGAUUAAUAAUUGGACUAAAAGAAUUUUGAACAAAAUGGGUAUUCAAGAUCUGCAAGUUUUUUUGGAUAGUAAUUAUGUACAAGGUGGAUCUAUACCCGUGGAUCUGUUAAAAAUAGCACGUACUAUUACUCAAAGACAACAUAAUCGCAUUAGUAAAGCACAACAAUUGCAUUCUGGAAAAUUAAGAUUAGUUCUUGAUGGAGAAUGCUGUUUAGAUAGGUUAUAUGGAGGAUAUUUCUCAGAUUGGGCUUGUGGAGGACAAUGGAAUAGAAUGUUGCAAUUUUUAGCUGUUCUCAUACAAGCAACAGAAAUGUCAGGUUUAGAAUUAGCUGUAUUCUUUAAUGGAUGUUUCGAAUCUCCAAGACGUGCAGAUUGGAUUCUAAACCAAUUGCAAGUGCGAAUUAAAGUAAAUAAUGUAUUAAAACAUAUUUCAACCAAGGGUACUCCUCCACCAAAAAUUUGGUGGACUCCACCAGUUUGUUUAAGAACAAGUCUACGUAUGGCUUUACGGCAUUUGAACGUUACAGUACUAUGUAGUAUGGAUGAUCACCAUCAAGAAGUGAUCGCAUAUUGUCGAGAGAAUAAUUUUAAUGGCUUAAUUGCUGACGAUGCAGAAUAUGCUGCAUUUGAUCCUCCACGAUAUUUUUCAUCUGAACAGUUAAAACUCACAUAUAAAGGCUCUCUUGACACCAAAGAGUAUAUUCUUCCAGAACUUUUAAAAGCUUUAAACAUCCCUUCUGAUAGACUAUGUUUAUUAGCUGCAUUACUUGGCAAUUAUAUUUUAACUGAGCAUGACUUAGCUGAUUUUUAUAAAAAAUUGAAUGUUAAUACUAAUCUGAACAAAGUAAAUGUUGAUCAUACAAUUAAAACCAUCGCUAAUUUCGUUCGAGAUUUACCAUCUGUUGAAUUGGAUGUAGUUUCGCAAAAAGUUUUCGGAUCUUUAUCAGAUCCAAGAUGUUCAAAAUUGAGGCAAUCAGUUCAAUACUAUAUAAAUGGAACUAAAGAUGGAUUUUUGCAUUAUAAACCAGUGAAACCAAAUAGAGUACACAAAUUAGAUUCUAAGCAAAGCGUUCAACAACAAUCUAAUUUAUCUGAAACACCCUCAACUUCAGAAGCUGAAUCGAAUUUAGAAACAUCUAGAUUCGCGUCUGAGACUGUAGAAAGCGAACGCGAGAGUUUAAAUGCAUAUAAGCAAGCCACUGCAAACGCGAAGUCUGCACCACAAAUUGUGAUAGAUCCACCGGGUAUCCAAGGUCAUGGAGAUGCUGAUAAUAUUAGGACAGAAGAAGAACAAAAUAAUGGGCAUGCUAUUAAUGGUACACACAAUCUUUUAAUUAGUUCAUCAAGUUCGAGCAGUAGUUCUUCUGCAACAUCUCCAUCUCAUGCGACGGCUGAUUCAUCGAAACAAAUGGAGAAAACAAUGACUAUUCCUAGUACAGUACCAGAAGUAAUGCGUACUGCAUCUGAACGGCAUCAGAAAGGUUUAAUGUCUCCUCAUAUUUAUCAAAUUCUCAUUGCUGGAGAAAUAAAGCUGCCUGUUCUUCUCGAAGAUGAAAAUCAUCGCGAAUUUCCAUCGAUACAUCUCAUUUAUAGACCUGUUAGACAAAUGGUAUAUGCAAUAUUAUUUAAUCUUCAUCACAGAAUGUAUUUAGCUGCUAAAAGUAAAGAGAAAGGAGAUAGUGAAAAAAUUGAAGUCCCAGAUGUUGUAAUAAAAGAGUGGGUAUGGUCCAAAUCAAAUCCAUAUCUUACUCCGGAAUCUGUAAAAGCAGAACAAAUUGGUUGGGGUGUUCCUACAAUACAACGUUUAUGGUUUGGCACAGGUAUAGAUGAUAAACGUCGUCGUUUACGUGGAUUUCUGACUUGUAUGAAAUCAGAUACACCUCUUAUGUUAAACACUUCUUAUGUACCACAACAUCUUUUAGUCAUGGCUUGUGUAUUAAGAUAUAUUAUGUCGUUUUCGGAUAAAAUAAAAGUUUUACGUCGUUGGGAAUUAGAUGCUUUCAUUGCACAAGCAUUUUCGCCAGAGCUUAUGAACGCUCAGUAUUUACAAGAUCUCCAACUCCCUUUAGUAACUUCACGUGGAGUGCAAUUAGCCACUUUAUUUAUGGCCGGUGUUGAAACUGCUCUCUUAGCUAAUGAUGCUUGUGGUGCCCCAAUCCCAUGGUUAAUGUGUUGUCCAUGGUUAUACUUUGAUGGAAAACUAUUUCAUCAUACAUUAGCUCGAGCUAGGAUUGCAAAAAAUUUAUUAGAACUUUGUGGUGGCCAUAUAGAUCGUAUCGUGAAAGUCGAACGGAUGAAGAAAGCUAUUUUAGAAGGUACCAAUGUUAUUUUUGCACGAGCACCACCAGUUGGUCCAGGUAUUCGCAUGUCUGUACCUCAGAAUAUUCUGACUCCUGGAUGUACAAUCAAUGAUGGUUUAAUGCGCGGAAGAGGCAGUGGAACUAUACCUCAACGUGGAUUGAUGCGACGUCCUAUACCAUCCCGCGGUGGACAAUUAGAAAUUGCUGGAGUCGUCGUUGGACAGUGGGGUCCAAAUUAUGGACAACCUGGUCGUUUACCUCAGCCUCUACAGGGACAUCCUCGCGGACGGCUUCCACCUCAAGUAACUUCAAUUGGUGGUCUUAAAUAUGGUCUCCCUCGUGGUUUCACUCCUAUGGGUCGUCCCACAUUUCAAACGCGGGGAAACAAUCGUGCGCAAAUCGCAGGACGAGGAAAAAAGACACAGAUGAAAGCAACUGGUAAAAAGAAAACUACUGUUAAAAAGAGUAAAGAAAGUGAAAACAAGAAAGAAACUAGAGGACGAGGUAACAAUAUCGAUGGAAUAACUGACUACAGUGAUUCAAUUCCAAAUAUGAAUGCAACAAAAGACGCACUGCCAGUACCAGGCCAAUUUGAGGAUGCCAUAGAAAACGGCAAAGGGAUAGAAAAAGGGCAAGGAGAUGCGUCACUGGUUGCUCCAGUCGCCGCUGAAAAUUAGGCAAAAAAGCAUCGUUAAUGCGAUGUCAAGAUAUUGUAAAACUACAAGGAUAUAGACCCAUUUUCGACGUACACGAUACGAUGUCCUCACUGCCAAACGUACCAUUCAGUGUGUAGGAUAAGAGCGAAAACGAACGUGAUUUAAGAAAAAGAAGAAAAUAAAAAAACAAUAAAAUCGUGCUUGUGCUAACACGAGCGUGUUUUUAGACUACUACUACUCCGCUCGGAUCACCAUAGGAUGAACUCGACUGAUUAGUGUAUGCGUGCGCUAAUUUUACUAAGAACAAGAACAAGUCGUCAGCUGCUAUAAGUAUUUAAUUCUUAAGAAGUGUGAUUAUUUUUUUUACAAUGAAAAUAUAUAUUUUCCGGUAUUAUAUGAAAUGCUCGCAUUGAUAGUCUCAGUAUUCUGAUCUUUGUAAACGUCCAACGAAAAUCAUAACUUUAAGACAUCAUGGACGAAUAAAUAAAUAAAACAUUUAUAGAUAAAUCAAUAUAAAACAAUAUACUGUCGAUACUUUUAUUUCUGUUUUAUAGAUAAUGCAAGGCAGGAUACUGAGACAUUCAGUAGCAAAUGGAGACUGAUGCUUUUCAUAUAGGUAAAAUAUAUAUUUAUAUAUGGUUUAGAUUAGAGAUUCCCAAUAGCAUAUUAUAUGUAAGUUGUAAAUGAUUGCUUGUGAGUAUGUGUGUAAUGGAAUGAGAGAAGUACAUAAAAAUGAAAGAAAAAUGAAAGAUUGUUUUACUUGUGAAAAUCGUAAUGAAAGAAUAAAGAGAGAGAAAGAAAAUACCAUAAAUGCAUGGUUGUAAGAUCGAAUAUAUAAAGAAACAUAAGAAAUGUAUAUAAACGUCGAAUGUUAAUGCGUGUCGGUUCACGUACACACGAUGCAUAAAAAUACGAAUACAAUGGAGAAUUGAGUGUACGCGCGUGUAUGUGGCCCGAAUGAUAUAUUUAUUUGUUGUUGUGUCGAUGAAAAGAGGAAUGAAUGAUUUUUGAACGAAUUAUAAAUUUCCAUGUACGAUAAGAGAUACAAUAUGUACUCAUGGACACGCGGUAGAUUUGAUACAAGAGUAAUCGGCUUGAAUUUUCAAAAAAAAGAAAGACGAGGUUCUCUAAAAGAGUUAUUCUUGUGAAAGUCUUUCGAUGUCGCUUGGAAAAUAUGCUGCACUAUGCGUUAUUCUAAUUCAAUAUCAUAAACUGAAUCAUAUAUUAGUUAACAAAAAAUAAGUAGUAAUUUGUAUCAUGGAGAAGAUCAUCUCUUUUUUAUGAUUUCAUUGAAAGCUUUUUUUUUCUUUUUUUCUAUUUUUUUUUUAUUUUUGGGUAAAAAUUAUAUAUAUUCGUGCCUUUUGUAGCAUAUUUUCGAAAGAAUGUACGAUACGUGUCCUUCCUUUAAUUGUACAUACGAAUAGUUACUUUAGAAGUGACAGAGUGAGGUUGGUGUAAAUAAAAAAAAUCUGGUGAUUUUACGCUUUUAUUGCGUGAGGAACCGAUUCAAAAUAGGAGAUCAUCAUGUUAAAAGAAGAAAAAGAAAAUACUAUUAUAAUACUAUUUAUGCGUAGAAUAGUCGAAAAGACAUUCUAUCAAAGAUCAUUGGAAUUCGAAAGAUAGAUUUCUUUAUCAUUGAAGGAUGAUAAUACGUAUAACAGAGAUACAAAAUAGUAUGACAGAACAUGAUUAUUUAUCAAAAGGGAUGAAAAUAAAAAGGAAAAAAGUAGAUAAAAAUGAUAUACGUCUAAAAUGCAGAGAUAAUUUAAAUUGAAUAAGAGAGCGAACGAGAGCGAGAGAGAAAGCGAU